AUGGCGGCCUCCGCCGGAUCAGGUAAACUAAUUCCCCGUUCACACAUUUGUGAUAUUCAGUUGAUAAGCUUGUAUAUUACGUUUAAAAUAUUAGCGGUCGAUAUGAACUUCCAAUAUGAGCUAUUAAUCUCCAGACGCCACAUUUCCCUAGACAGCAUGUUUACUAACGUUAGAUGAAUGUGGGUGUUAGCUCAGCCAGUAUUGCGCGCUAACUAACGUUAGCUCAGAUGGCUUUUCUCCGGGUAUUUUUCUGCUUUCGCCCAACUCAUGUGGUGCAUUUAAAACAUGACUUGAUUCUGCCAUAAACUGUAUAUUAACGAUGUUAUCCUCAUAAUUGACUCUUGGUGAUUUAGUUUUUUUUUUUGCCAUCUGCGCAUUUAGCUAACUUACUAGCCAACGUUGGGUAGCCUAUUCAACUGCAACGUCAUGUUUCUACAGCGCUAACGUUAGCUAGCUAACGACGCUAGCGGGUAACUGAACCGACACAAUUUGCAAAGCGAGCUUGACUGAAACAGAACUAGUUAACUAACAUAAAUGUUUCGGAUAACUGAACUAGCUAACUAUAGCUGGAAUCUUUCAAAAUACAUUUAUACAACUGCCUUAUCAGCGGUUAGUUGAGUGAAAUGUUCAUUUUCAUCAGCAAUUUUGGAAGGGUUUAUGCUAGCUCACUAGCUACCUAGCUAGUUUGUCAACUGGUCAUAAGGUACACACCAGGGGCUAUUCAUUACGCUGAUAAUGUUUCAAAACAUCUCUUAAACGGAAACAAACGAAACGGGGAGGUACCUACCUGAAUUUGAAUAAUAGAAACUCUCGUUUUAGUGACUAAUGAUUACACCUCAGUGGUACACACCAUAACUUGAGAAAUUGAAAGCUAAAGGCAAUUACACGUGUCAGAUUCAGAGGUGCAUGAAUAGGUGAAUAAUAAGGGAUGGCUAUUUUAAAGGCCCAUUGCAGUUAACGUGAUUUUCCAAUGUUUUAUAUAUAUUUCCACAUGGAGGUUCGUAUAAUAUUGGGAAAAUGAUCAUAAUGCCCUUUUAGUGCAAGACAGUGGUCACCAACCUUUUCUGAGUCAAAAUCACUUUGAGUCAAAAAGCAAGCAAGCUCAGGUUUUUUAUUUUUCAUGACUUAAACAUAAGCCUAUGCAACAUUAACAUAUGAAAAACAGUACUGUAGCAGUGGGGUUUGUUCAGUAGGGUAUAGGCCCAAUACAUUAUCACCGCCGGGGCGGCAGGUAGCUUAGUGGGUAAGAGCGUUGUGUCAGUAACCGAAAGGUCGCUGGUUCUAAUCCCUGAGCCGACUAGGUGAAAAAUCUGUCGAUGUGCCCUUAAGCAAGACACUUAACCCUAAUUGCUCCUGUAAGUCGCUCUGGAUAAGAGUGUCUGCUAAAUGACUCAAAUUAAUAAUAUUGGCUUUGCUUAAAUUGUCCUGCCGAUGCAUUGUUCUUCUUUGAGGUAGGCUACAUGAUCACACCAGUAAUGGGUCAGUUGUUGUAUUACUUGAGGCUCAGCUAAGUGCCCAUACAUUUAAAUAAUUUGCUAUUUAGAUUUUACUGGGCUGAUGGGCCUGCAUCUGAUAGUCAGUCUCAGAGGAGGGAGAGCGCAGCAGACUGAGGGUCCGCCUCAACGUCCAUCCGCUCUCCCUUUCCUCUGCUGACACUGACCAAAAAUGGGACACCGUCUUAAAGCUGAUGGCGAAACUCGUGCCGUGCCGCAUUGUUUCUUCCUCAAGCAUAAAUUCUAGUUUUUACUCCAAUGACCAGAGAAAGUAAAAUAUUCCUCUAUAUUAAAAAUACCUAAGCCUCUAAUAACAAUGCAAGCAAGCCCUAUCGAUACACUUUCCUACUCAUUCAUUGCAGCAGCAGUGCUGGUUGUAGUGAGUGGAAGUAGGGGGCAUCCACAUUUUAUGACUUAUAAAAGUGUUGACAGUGCUGAGUAUAAACAUAAACUAAAUCAUAAAAACAGCAGCUCUGUGCUGUAUUAGUUGCUGUGCGCUCGAGGAAGCUUUCUUUUACGGUAAUCUGAGUCAUCCGAUUGGCCAGCGGUAGGCCUAUAGGUGCACUUGAUUUGCUCUCCGGGCCCACCGGGAACGCGGUUUGUACUUCAGACACAUUAAAUGGUUCAAAAUGGGAACACUUUGCCUACCCUACACGCAGGGCAGCUGAAUUGGGUGCACUUACCGCAAACAGCGCGAGACAAAUACAAAAAUAUAUUGUUGGGUUUUUACAGAAAUGUUUGUUGAUCGACUAGGAAUGCCUUGGAGAUUGGCCAGUCGACACUGUGUGCUAGCUAGCUUGAAAGUUAGCUAGCUAGCACACGGUGCGCUCCCGCCUGCUGUGUACCGGAGUCCUCCUCAGGACUAGCUGGCAAAGCUAGCACACCGUGACCUUCGCUCACGCCUGCUGAACACCUGCCCUCGCCAUCGUUAAAAGAACUGCGGGAAAACAGUGCCCGACAGGUGGGGGCAAAAGACACUACCGGUGUGUACUAGACAAUUGUAGCUAGUACACACCGGUAGUGUCCUUUGCCCCCCCCGCCCGCCUCUUCUGUGCGGUUUAGCUUAAAAAUUGACCAAUAUAAGUAUAAAGAGGCAAUGGGAGUGCCCAUAUGCAGGAACGCCCCGAAUUGCGGGCUGCAGUUGCACCCUUCUCAGACCUCUCCAACAGUCCUAGCAAAAUUCUUGCUUGAGAAAUUGCCCUUUGCUAAGAAGCAAGUUUUGUUACUUUUUGACCAUUUUAAUUGAAAACAAUCACAGUAAAGAACUUAAUUGUUACCCAGAAUUGAUUUGAUAUUGAGAUAAAAACGGCUGCAUUGGACCUUUAACAUGACAUGGUUCCUACUAUAAUGUAUUUGAUUAGCUGAGGGUUUUAAAUGAAUCACUAUUGAAAUGCAUACUUACAUGUUUGCCUGAAAUUGGAUGAAAGGAAUGCUUUAUCAGUAGACCUGCUAAAACACUGAUGUUUGGCUAUAUGGCCAACCUGAAAGCUAAUGGUAAGGAAUGGAACAAUGUAAUGGAGUACUGCUCAACACAUUAUAGACUAGAGUGGCCUUCAAUCUCCCAAGCGUCAACAGUUUUUGACCUUUCAUGUUUUCCCAUAAGCCUUAUUACAAUGACUUCUAUGUUCAGUCUUGCUCCGUAAUUCAAUAAAACCCAUUUAGUAAACAUGGCACCCUUGUCUGUGUGCAGAAGCUACUAGGCAUGUGUGGUUGAAAAAUGUCUGCUUUGAACCUUUUCUGUUUAAAUAGGCGUCAAAGUACCCCGUAACUUCCGGCUGCUGGAGGAGCUGGAAGAGGGCCAGAAGGGUGUUGGAGACGGGACGGUGAGCUGGGGACUGGAGGACGAUGAGGACAUAAUGCUGACUCGCUGGACAGGCAUGAUCAUAGGGCCUCCCAGGGUAAGAAAAAAAGCUAACGCACACACACACACCAUAGGGCCUCCCAGAGUGGGAGGGAUCAAACGCACACCAAACAACGGCACAUAGAAAUCUUUGCUUUCUCUGUCCUGGUUUCCUUAAUUCCUCUCAAAGCGCAUUGGAAGAGAGGAUCUGUGUUUUUGCGCGAAGGCCGGUUUGGCUGCCAGAGCGGCACAAAGAGCGAAAUCUAUUUACUGAGGAAAAGCGAAUGAUGUGCAUAACUUUAUUGAGAGGAUGUUUGGUAGAAAUACUAUGAUGCCCCCCCCCCCCCAAAAUAAACGUUUCAUUUUGCAGUGGCGGCAAUGAUUUUAGCACCUCAGCUAAAUGAAUGCAGUGGAAACACUGAUGCACACAACGCAGCAGGCCAGCUCGAAACCAUGCACAUGUAGCUUGUUAGCUGUGUGCGCUAGUAGCAGCCAUCGUGCAGUGACGUCACCCGCCCUGAGAUCUAAAGUAGUGUUGUCCUCACCCAACCAAAACCAUUAUUUUGCUCGGGUAAUGGCUAGCUUAUGAAGUACGAAGUGUUUUUGUUGACGUCGCUUGUGAGCAUAAACAUAGCAUAAAUCACCUUUCACCCAGUGGAGGCGACCCCCACACACCAGAAGUGGGACCGCAUUGAAAUGGAAUAGAUAACAUUCUAAUUCUAUUGGGACAGCCACGGGUGUUUUGCAGACAAAGUUUGAAACAUCCAUGAUGAGCCCCUGGUUUGCGAGCUCCUUUAAUUAACCACGUAGUAGGCCAAUACCAAACUGGUAUGCAGCAGCCCAAACACAGGCCUACGACAAGCUUACUAUCAUAACUAACUGCUCAUGAUGAUAGCCAAGAGUUACCCACGACCAUGCAGUCUUUAUCUUGAGCCGUAACCUAUUUCAAGACUUAAAUCUUGCCUUUUUUCUGAUGUCUUUCUUCCAGACAAUCUACGAGAACAGGAUGUACAGUCUAAAGGUAGAAUGUGGACCCAGAUACCCAGAGUCUCCCCCUUUUGUCAGAUUUGUGACCAAGAUCAAUCUGAAUGGCGUACACAACUCAAACGGUGUGGUAAGUCCCAGGUCAUACAUUUCCUAUUCGGGUUGGAUCAAUUGGAUCAAAGAGACCUUUUGUAUUUGAGUGUAUAACCUGAAAGACUCUAGCCUACAGCUAGCAAAGCACAUCUGAUUCAUUACCUACAGAUGCAGGACUGGUUUUCCAGAACCAGAUGAAGCCUAGUCCUGGACUAAAAAGCACUUAACUCCACUGAACAUGUUUUUAGUCCAGGAAUCGGGUUUGUUUGUUUGAGGGCUGAAGUCACCAUUGAGCCACAUUUUAAAAUGAGCGAAAGUUUGAAACCCAAUUUUCUUCGACAGAGGCCAUGUCCUUUCCAAGUGAUGUCUGCAUAUAGCUGUGUGUUGGUUUUGUGAGUCUCUCACAUGGCUGUAACCUCCCCUUCUCAGGUGGACACGCGGGCGGUGGCGGCACUGGCCAAGUGGCAGAACUCGUACAGCAUCCGUGUGGUGCUGCAGGAGCUCCGGCGGCUCAUGAUGUGCAAAGAGAACAUGAAGCUCCCCCAGCCGCCCGAAGGCCAGCUCUUCAGCAACUGAGCCCCCUGACCCUGACUAGCCCUGCUAUCCCAACUCUCCUUCACUAUCCCUCGAUCCAACACACAAAUGAAAUAAAUAUACACAUUCAAUACAUACACACACUGAUUCAACAAUUCCUCACACACACAGAAAUCCGCACAUACAGCGUACAUGUACCACCUCCUUAUUUUUCAGAGACGCUUGAAACCUCUGUUCUCACGUAAGCUCUCUUUUGCCAGGCCCCUCCCACCUUUUGUCCUAAGUCAUGGCCGCUUUGUCUCUCGAGACCUUCUCGUUGGACAGAGAGAUGGUUGCACAGGUGGAGUCCACCCAUCCCCUAUCCCGACACCCAAUGCUCACCACCGUGCAGGCCAGACAUUAUGAUACAAAUUACUUACUAAUCUUUUUUUUAUUUUAUUUUUUAUCUUUGUGUUCUACAUCCAGAUUGUAAAAUAACAUAAAUGAUCUUAUUGAGUGUACCUAUCUUAUGUGUGUGCUGGGUUCUUCAACUAAGGGUGGUGGCAUUUACUCUAGGUAUAACAAGGGUGGAAAUCAAGAUGACUUGCUGCGCCGCAAAAGAAAAGUAGACCUGUGCCCCCACUGCAAUGUGGUCGGGAAAGUUUUCACUGUUCGGCUCUUAAUUUUGCUGCAAUGAUUCUGCUCACCCAGUUGGACUUGGCAGGUCAGGAGCAGUGGCUUGGGAUCUACAGCAUAGUCUUGCCAGUGUCUGUUUCAGAAAGCUAAUAAAGAAACAUUGUGUGUGCCCCCCC